AUGUCAACACUGCUUGAAGGUGCUAUGAUAAGGUCAGUGAUUGUUAAAUUAUUCGUCCAAAGUACUGUACCUGAACAAGAAAAGAUUAAUGCUGUUGAAGUAAAGAUUGUUGAAAAUGAAGUGAUGGCAGAAAUU